CAGUAAAAUGGGCGGGACUAAGCGAUACCUAACGAGGAAGUGAACUCGACAGUAAUUUGACCAGUUGAUAGGACGUAUCAAAGAAAAGUUGGCGUGAUGUUGACGAUUGUAGCCUUUGCUUGUGUGUCUUUGGUCAUAUUUAUACUUAAAUAUGUCUUCGGCAGCUCAGGUCCGAACCCCUUUGAGAAGGACUGUCGUGAGCCGCUAAAAGAGAAGGUUUACGACAAGAAAGAGAAAAACAAAAUCCUUAAGCAAGGUUUUGUGGCCAGUAAAGUGCCAGACAACCUGGAUGCAGUCAUCAUCGGCAGUGGUGUCGGUGGACUCGGCCUGGCUGUGCUGCUGGCUAAAGUUGGAAAGAAGGUUCUGGUUCUGGAGCAGCAUAGUCGGGCCGGGGGAUGCUGUCACACGUUCACAGAGAAGGGCUUUGAGUUUGAUGUUGGUAUCCAUUACAUCGGUGGCCUGAUGGACCAUACGCCCUUUCGCUGCAUGCUGGACCAGAUGACCAAUGGUCAGUUGCAGUGGGAGAAGCUGGAGAACCUGUUUGACCACGUCGUGCUGGGACCGCCCGAAAACCGCCGCUCCUACCCCAUCUACAGCGGCAGCGCUCGCUACUCCGAAGAGCUGAAGAAGCGAUUUCCUGGAGAGGAGAAGGCCAUCGAUGAGUACCUGAAGCUUUUGCAGAAAACUGGGCGAGGCGUUUGGGUGAUGGCUGUGCUGAAGCUCUGCCCCUUACCUUUGGCCAAGUUCCUGAUCCACACCGGCCUCGUCAAGCAUCUGUCUUACUUCUACAAAAUGGCGCCACGCAGCCUGAGAGACGUGGUCAACGGGCUGACGGAGAACAAGGACCUCAGAGCUGUCUUCUCCUACAUCUUUGGCACCUACGGCAACAUACCAAAAGAUGCCAGCUUUGCCAUGCACAGUUUGCUGACCACCCACUACCUGAGCGGCGCCUGGUAUCCUAAGGCUGGCAGCAGCGAGAUUGCCUACCACAUGAUUCCCACCAUCGAGAAGGCAGGGGGCGCUGUUCUGGUGCGAGCCCCAGUCAACCGCAUCUUGUGGGAGGAGAGAUCACCAGGAAAGUCUACUUUAACUCUGGUCAGUUUUGCCAAACACUCGUGGUUUGAGGAGUGGAAGGACGACAAAGUGAAGAACAGAGGACCCGACUACAAAGAGCUGAAACAAGCGUUCAUUGAUUCCGCUCUGGAUGUGGUGAUGGACGUUUUCCCAAAAAUCACCAGGGACAAGAUUGAGUAUACCGACGCUGGAACCCCCAUCACAAACACACACUACCUCGCCGCCCCCAAAGGAGAGAUCUACGGAGUGGACCACGGCAUCGCUCGGUUCAACCCUGAACUCAACGCUACAGUAAGACCUCAGACUCCCCUGAAGAACCUCUACCUGACAGGCCAGGAUGUGUUUUUGUGCGGUUUCGCCGGCGCCCUUGCCGGAGCCCUCACAUGUGGCUCGGUCAUUCUGAACCGCUACCUCCAUCUGGACGCCAUCGCCUUGGCAAAGAGAACAAAAUAUACGAACAACAAGCUGAAAGACGAGUAGCCGCUCUUAUUCGCUCUGUUUAAGCAUCACUACUACAGAAGUGAAAACUUCCGCAUCACAUGAUGGGGCCCACAAUCUGGACUUCCAGAAAGUUCAGUUUGAGGGUAAAGGUGUGUAAAUGUUGUUUUUGUUUGUAAAGAAAAAAAGAUUAAAUUAAUAUUUUAUUGUUCCUGAAGAGAAAUUCAGUUUCAGGUCCUGAGAAAGGAUUUUUAAAAAAACUCUAAAAUGACAUAAAAUUCUUUAUCCCUAUUUUUCAAAGUUAUUCCUUUAAUAACGAGGGAUUUUGAAUCCUAAUAAUCUUCACUCGUGCCUCUGUCACUAAACCUGCCUUCGUUUACACUGGCUGCUCUUUUGGGAGUCCUUAAUGGUAACAUUUUUUUAAAUAAAAGCUGUGUAAAGAUAUUUAACAAAAACUAAAAAAAAACAGCUCUUCUUAAAAAUUUUAAUUCCUUCCACAUUGUUGUAAAUUUUCAUUUUAACUCUGGUACAUAUUUACAUUUCUCCACUUCAGUGUCUGCGCCAUUAUGUUCUUCUUUUGUUUGAUGAAGGGUGACAGGACUACAUGGUGUGCAGAUGGUAGUACACAGCAAGAAAGUUGUGGGUUUGACUCCCAGCCUGCUCUUUUUCUUCAUGGAGUUUGUGUGUUCUCCCUGUGCAUGCAUGUGUUCACUCCUGGUACUCCAGCUUCCUCUCACAGUUCAAAGUAAUGAUUAUUAGGUUGAUUGCUGUCUCUAAAUUGCAUGUGGACAAGUUAAUUUAGAUGUAGCAUUUUUCUCUUGAUAAAUAUAAUUCUAAUUUAAAGCUUGUAUUUCAUUUGUACUCUUCUUAUCUUUGUCUGAAAAUACAUUUAUUUGGUAAUGUAGCUGUGAAACUGUUUCAGUUGAGGUUCCCAAAAAGUCUCAAAUGGUGAACAGCAGCUGUACAAUUCACCUUUUUAAUUUUCAAGAUCUAAAAAAAGAAUGUACUGUUCAUGACUUAAUCUUUAAUAAAAAAAUUUUUGAUC